GCUAAACAGUGCCAGGGCCAGGAAUUUAGAAAAAUUGGCAGCAUCGAUGAAUGGAUUGACCCUCCCUCUUUGCUCCAAAUGACUAGCACUUUAGCUCAGAAAGAUGUCGUCUGUUACUGAAAAUGGAGAUGCCACAGCUGGAAAACCAAAUGAGGAAAAAACAUAUAAAAAGAUUAUUUCCCGAAGUAAUAACACAUUGACCCAUUUUUCCAGGACUGCAUCCUCUGCUAUUAAAGGAGCGAUUCAGCUGGGAAUAGGAUACACAGUAGGUAACCUCACAUCUAAACCAGACAGAGAUGUACUUAUGCAAGACUUCUAUGUAGUGGAAAGUGUGUUUCUACCCAGUGAAGGGAGCAAUCUCACCCCUGCUCAUCAUUACCCUGACUUCAGAUUUAAGACCUAUGCUCCUCUUGCCUUUCGGUACUUCAGAGAACUUUUUGGUAUCAAGCCGGAUGAUUAUUUGUAUUCAGUCUGCAGUGAACCUUUGAUAGAAUUAUCCAAUCCUGGCGCCAGUGGGUCCUUAUUCUUUGUAACUAGCGACGAUGAGUUCAUCAUCAAAACUGUUCAACACAAAGAAGCUGAGUUUCUUCAGAAGUUGCUACCAGGUUACUAUAUGAAUCUGAACCAGAAUCCAAGGACUCUGUUGCCAAAAUUUUAUGGACUAUACUGUGUUCAGUCAGGCGGCAUUAACAUUAGAAUUGUUGUGAUGAACAACGUUUUGCCUCGAGCAUUGAAAAUGCAUUUCACAUAUGACUUGAAAGGCUCUACAUACAAACGGAGAGCAUCAAGAAAAGAGAGGGAGAAGUCCAACCCCACAUUUAAAGACUUGGAUUUCUUGCAAGAUAUGCAUGAAGGACUAUACUUUGACUCUGAAACAUACAGUGCACUGAUGAAGACACUACAGAGGGAUUGCAGAGUGUUGGAAAGUUUUAAAAUCAUGGAUUAUAGUCUGCUGCUGGGAAUCCAUACAUUGGACAGUAUCACAAGAGAGAAGGAUGGAGAGAGUUCCCAGAAUGCAUCUGAUGCUAAACGUCCUGGGGGACAGAAAGUUCUCUAUUCUACAGCCAUGGAAUCCAUACAGGGGCCUGGGAAGUCUGGGGACUGUGUUCUCACAGAAGCUACAAAUACAAUGGGAGGCAUUCCAGCUAAGAGUCAUAAAGGAGAAAAGCUGCUUCUGUUUAUGGGUAUUAUUGAUAUUCUGCAGUCUUAUAGGUUAAUGAAGAAGCUGGAACAUUCCUGGAAAGCGCUGGUCUAUGAUGGGGACACUGUUUCAGUUCACAGACCAAGUUUUUAUGCCGACAGAUUUUUAAAGUUUAUGAGUUCCAGGGUUUUCAAAAAAGUUCAAGCUUUAAGGUCCUCUCCUUCUAAGAGACGAUGCAAUUCUAUUGCAGCUCUAAAGGCAACAUCACAGGAAAUCAUAUGUGCUGUUAGCCAAGAAUGGAAGGAUGAAAAGCAUGACAUGCUUACUGAAGGACAAAGUUAUUCCAGUCUUGAUGAAGAAGUAUUAGAUUCCCGGCACCGGCCAGAUUUAGUGCCAAGUACUCCAUCUCUGUUUGAAGCAGCUUCCUUAGCAACCACAAUUUCUUCUUCUUCUUUGUAUGCAGAUGAGCAAUAUCAACGUGAUGGAACUAUGCUUUAUUCCAGCAGUAAAGGGUUACCGUCGAGUUCAACAUUUACAUUAGAAGACAGUGCCAUCUACCUGACUUCAGAACAGAGCACACUGGAAAUGGAGAAUGAUAAUGCUUCAGUUUUGGAUGUCUAUUUAUAAUAGAGAGUAGAAGAAAUAGAACAGAAGAAUUACAGAAGAGAUGGACAAGAAGGGGCCAUGGUUGAUAAAGAGCACUUUCUGCACUCCUGAUUUAGGAGGAGGAAUUUACUGAGCCUAUUAGACACAGAGUAAUACUCAACAGAAUGUUAUCCUUGAGAAAUGUCAGGGGAUCUUUGAAACAUAGAAAUGAAAGCUAGACUCGGCAGAUGUGACAUGAAACCAUUACACAACUUCGCUAUCAUGUGCUGUCGCUUGCUGAACUGUGAAGAACUGCAUAUUUGAGCUGCUCUCUCUACUAUUGCCAAUCACCUUUUUUGGACUUGAAAGUGAUAUUUUCUUAUUGACUCUAGUGAUUUCAUUUGCAUGUGUUUGGUGAUUAUGCACAAGCAAAAUAUAUAAUCUGCUUUACCUAUUUAAAAAUCCAUCAGCACAGUGGUGAGUACAAUUAAUUUCACUUUCCGCCCCUCUCACAGAAUCUUAAUCACUUAGGUCUAUGUCACUGCAAGUCAAAAAUGAUUUCAUAUAAAGGUUAGUGUAAAUGUCUGCACAUACUUUAUGGAAACUAGCCUCUGAAGACAUUUUCACUGAUUAUUGGUGAAAGGAGAAAAAAGCUAUUUAUAACAAGGCCUUAUGUUGUGUACAUACGUUGUCUUUGAAAUAUUUGUGAUUUAGUUUAUUGCUUGUAAAAGAGAAAUUAUAUAAUUUAUUUAGUAUAUACUACCGUAAACUAUAGUUUUAUUGACAGAAAUAAAAUAUUUUGUUCUCAAAACCUGUGAUGA